UGGGCGAGGACUACCGCGAGCCGGCGCCCCUGGGGCCGCUGCCCGGGCUCCCUCGCGGGCAGCGGAAAUGUGUAAAGUGCAAGGAGGCAGAACCAGUGGUGGUGAUCCGGGCAGGUGAUGCCUUCUGCAGGGACUGCUUCAAGGCCUACUACGUCCACAAGUUCAGAGCUGUACUUGGGAAGAACAGGCUCAUCUUCCCGGGAGAGAAGGUCCUCUUGGCCUGGUCGGGUGGGCCCUCGUCCAGCUCCAUGCUCUGGCAAGUCCUGGAGGGACUGAGUCGAAAUUCAGCCAAGCAACUCCGUUUCCUGCCUGGAGUGGUCUAUGUGGAAGAGGGAGCAGCCUGUGGCCGGAGCCCUGAGGACCGCGCAGAGACCCUGGCUGAGGUGCAGGCCACCCUGCACUCUGCCGGCCUGCCUUGGCACAGUGUUGCCCUGGAGGAGGUGUUUGGCCUGCCCCCAUCCGUGCUGAGGCACCUUUCCCAGGAGCCAGCUGCAGGGGAUGGGGCCUACAAGGAGGCUGUGAAUGGUUUCAUCCAACGGCAGCAAGUACUGGGGACACAGGGUGCCAGUGACAGCCCCAGCCCGGUCUUGAGGGAGGGCCAACCCAGCCCCCAGGGCCCAGUCAGGCCACCCCCAGCUGCCCAGACUGAAGCUCUGGUCAGACUCUUCAGCUCCGUGAGGACACUGACCGCCAAGGAGGAGCUUCUGCAGACCCUGCGGACCCAUCUGCUCCUGCAUGUGGCCCGGACCCACGGCUACUCCAAGGUGAUGAUGGGGGACAGCUGCACUCGCCUGGCCAUCAAGCUCCUGACCAACCUGGCACUGGGCCGAGGGGCUUUCUUGGCCUGGGACACGGGCUUCUCGGACGAGCGGCACGGUGAUGUGGUGGUGGUCCGGCCCAUGCGGGAGCACACCCUGAAGGAGGUGGCCUUCUACAACCGCCUGUUCACGGUCCCCACCGUACUCACGCCAACCAUCAGCACCAAGGCCCCUGAGAAAGCCAGUAUCCACCGACUGAUGGAGGCCUUUGUGCUGCAGCUGCAGGCCCAGUUCCCCUCCACCGUCAGCACUGUGUACAGGACAAGUGAGAAGCUAGUCAAGGCCCCCCGAGCCGGCCAGGCCCCCAGCCACUCCAGCCCCCACUGUCUCCUGUGCCUGUGCACACUGGACGUCGACUGUGCGGACAGUGCCACUGCUUUUGGGGCCCAGGCCACCCUAGUCCUGCCUCAGAGGCAGCCCCCCAACCCACAGGCUGAGAUGCCCACAGCACCCGGUGGCCCACCAGCACUUGGCAGAGACCAGAGCUGCUGCAGGGAGACUGGACCCAGCCAGAGGGCACACCUGUCUUCCCUCCCUAGGGAGGGGCCCCGACCCCAUGUCCUGGAGCAGCUGUGUUACGGCUGCCGUGUGAACAUGAAGGACCUGUCCUCUCUGGACCCCCUCCCACCCUAUAUCCUGUCUGAGGCUCAGCUCCGCAGCCACAGGGCCCAGGUCACCCAGGAGAUCCAGGAGUUUCUGAUUGAGGACAGUGAGGAGGAGCUGGAGACGGGCCUGAGCUGAGUCCUGGACCAAGUCCCUCAACGGUCACUGUGUCCGGGGUGGAGAUGCCCAGGAUUUUGCUGGCCCAGCACCCUCCCCAAGUGCCUGGCUGCCACACCCAGCUCACGCCAGGCAGCGACCAGAGCAGCCCCGAAGUGUGGGCCCCUCAUUUGUAUAAAUAAAGAUGUUUUAAUUAAAAAACCUA